GCAACAUGUUUAAUAAAUCACUCAGUAUGAAGAGUCGUCUGAAGACUGACCAGUGCAUAUAUCAUGGGGCACUACGUUAUUCCUGUGAUGUGUGUAAAAAGUCGUUCAGCAAGAGAAAUGAUUUGAUGAGACAUCAACGUAUACAUAGUGGAGAGCGGCCAUAUUGCUGUGAUGUGUGUAAUAAAUCCUUUGGUGAGAGUAGUAGCCUGAAGAAACAUCAACGUAUACAUAGCGGAGAACGGCCACAUUCUUGUUAUGCGUGUAAUAAAUCCUUCAGCCAGAAGAGUGCUUUGAAGAGACAUCACAGCGUUAAUAUUGGAGAACAGCAAUAUUCUUGUGACUUGUGUAAUAAGUCGUUUCGUGAGAAGUGCAGUCUGAAGGUACAUCAUAGCAUACAUUGUACGGAACGGACAUAUUCAUGUGAUGUGUGUAAGAAAUCAUUCAGGGAGAGGAGAACUCUGAAGGUACAUCAGCGCAUUCAUACCGGGGAGCGGCCAUAUUCGUGUGAUGUGUGUACUAUGUCAUUCACUAAGAGCAAUCAUCUGAAGAACCAUCAACGCAUACAUAGUGGAGAGAGGCCAUAUUGCUGUGAUGUGUGUAACAAAUCAUUUAGCCACAAGAGUGACCUGAAGGUACAUAAACGCAUACAUAGCGGCGAGAAACCGUAUUCAUGUAAUGUGUGUAAUAGAUCAUUCACCACAAGGAGUAAUUUGAAGAUUCAUGUUCGUGUACAUAGUGGGGAACGCCCAUAUUCCUGUGAUGUGUGUAACAAGACAUUCGGUAGUAAGGGUGCUUUGGAGAAACAUCAGCGCAUUCAUAGUGGGGAACGCCCGUAUUCCUGUGAUGUGUGUAAGAAGUCAUUCAGUCAGAGCAGUAGUCUAAAGGUGCAUAAGCGCAUACACAGUGGGGAAUGCCUAUAUUCCUGCGAUGUGUGUAAAAAGUCAUUUAGUCAGGGGUGUUACCUGAAGAUACAUCAGCGCAUACAUAAUGGGUUGCGACCAUAUCCCUGUGAUGUCUGUGAUAAGUCAUUCAUUAGUAAGAGUCGUCUAAAGAAACAUCAACAGACACACAGAAAUGAGCAGUCAUGAAUAAUUGUAAGUUAUCAAUUCAAUAAUUACCUGUAUUCAUAUUUCUGUGAUUCAUCCACUAAUCCCAUGCAUAUAUUGUGCAAUGCAAGGCAUGACACAUUUUUGCUGUUUCUUGCCCUAAGGCUUUUGUAUAGUAAUUACAAAUGUUGAAAGUGGAAAGUUGUAGCUGCUGUAUGGCAAAAUCUCUUCCCAGGCAGUGCAAUGAGAGAAGAUACUUGCAAGAGACCUUCAUAAUGGACAUACAUGACUGGGCAAACACCUAUUUGGUGAAAUUUCAGAUUCACAUGGCUGUCUUCUUGGUUGUUGCCCCAUGCAUUCAGGUAGAAGUUUACCAGUGUUUCAGAGCAACAUUGUGGUUUAACAGGAUCCGAGGUUUUCAGAACGAUGUGGAUAUAGUUGGUGGCCGUUGGUCGUUGUGCCGUGUGUAUUUGGUUUCGGAGGGGCAUUCCACUUCUGUAUUUAAGACUGAAGUUGACAAUCUAUAUGCAGCAUGAAAUGAAAGUGAUACAAUGAUUGUGAGUGAAGCAUUUUCCAGCACCUACCGGGGUCGAUCGCGGGCCGGGGUUCAGUUCCACCCCGCCGAUAACGAGGAGCGAAGUGAGCAGGUUGUCGCAGUUCCAGUAUGGGGCGGUGUUCCAUGUCGUGUGAAGUGGCACGGGGCCUCGCCACGGGCUGAUCCCCAUGCGUGAGAAGCGAUCUACGGACAAAGC